AUGAAUAUAAAGAUGUCUUUUCUAGAGAUGCAUGUGGAUGCUUAUGGAGAGUGCUCGCCGAAAUCUUUGCUUGAGGCGAGUGCUCUGCGCAUCGCCUGUCUUAUUGGAGAUGAUAGAGUGCCGCCUAUCGGUUCCCCACUACCUGCUCACUUCGGAAACCUAAUUGUGGACGCUAUGCGUCACCUGAAAAUACUAGAUGAGAAGGGUCUCAAGAAGCUUGCUGAUUUGAAAGUGAAUAUAACAAAGAUUGAUUUAUCUGAAUGCGGCCACUUUCCUUAUGUCGUGCUGUCGCGCUUGGCACAGUUCGAUCUAGAGUCUCUUUCAAUAUCUGAUGCGGGACCAUCUGAUUCUUCAACAUUCGACAUAGGAGAAUUCAUUCGUGAAUGUGUAAAUGACACUACGUUCAAGUGCCUUCGUUAUCUGAAUAUUGGA